AUGCUUUGUCUCGGUUGUGGAAAUAUGAAGAUAGCUGAGGAAGUUCGUCAACAGUUUAAUAUCAUUCCUGGUCUCAUAAAGACCCAUGUCAAUCUUGAUUAUGCUACUCUUGUUAAGAUCUCAAUUAAUGAAUCUAUCGAGCAUAUAAUUUCUCCAGGUGCUUUUGUCGUGCUUAUGCCCCUCAUAGUUGGGAUUUUCGUUGGAGUGGAGACUGUUUUUGGUGGUAUUGCUGGCACUUUUUCUUCUGGUGUACCGAUUGAAAAAUCUGCAUUAGAAACUGGCGGUGCAAGGGACAAUGCUAAGGUUAAUUCCUUUCUCAAUGGUCUAGUAGCAGAUAAGCAACCCUCAAGUCUCAAGCAUGAUAUGACUAGCUAUGGAAGGGCAAGUUAUUAUACUAUUCAGCAUGCCAAUGGUGUUCGGAGCAGCCUUUUUCCUAUUAGAAAUAUUGCUUCAGGAAUUAUGCAAUUAGAUGUUUUUUGGAGUAUUUACAAAGAGAGAGAAUCUGGUAAGGAAGUGCCACCAGCUCACUUUGUAAAUGCAGAGUUCAUAAGUUCCUUAUGGAGGUUUUGUGUGAAGUCAUCUAAAGGCUUUCAGAAUCAUAAUCAAAAUUUCUUCACUUGUUGCGGUUAUGGUUGGAAGGGAGCGUCAUAUUUUGAUGUUAAUUGGGACAAAGUAUCACCUGCAGAUGUGGUGGUUUCUCCUAGUUAUAAAAUAGGAUGGCAGCAAGUGCAAAGGAAGACAGCAUUGAAAAUUCUUGAUUUGGAGGGGCAGCUAUGUUGCAUUCAAUGGCUUCUCUUAGCCUUGACUAUUUGGACUUGGAUGCCAGCUCAAAUAGUUGGGCAUUAUUAUUUUUUGUUGGCUUCCAGCAGUUUGAAGAUCGAGGCAUCAGCAAAUAAGUAG